UUUGUCGGCUCUUUGUGUCAAUGUUUUAACAAAGAUGUCGUCUUCGGUGGCAAAUCUGGUGAAUCGGUUUCGGGGAUGUCUUGUGGGCGGACUCAUUGGUGAUUGUCUCGGCUCACCCUUCGAGGGCGACAAUCCUAUCAGUCGUUCAGUUUUAUACAACUUUGUGACCAAACAGUUGGAGGAAUCGCCCAAAACGGUUCAGACGUUUCCCUAUACGGACGACACGGCAAUGACUAAAUCCAUUUGCGAGUCAUUCAUUCAAUUGAAACAAUUUGACGCCAAAGAUAUGGCCAAAAGGUUUACAUUGGAGUACAUAAGAGACCCGAAGAGAGGUUACGGCGGAAAUGUGAUCGACGUCUUCGCGGCCCUCAAUCACACCCACUUCGAGGAGCCGUACUCUCCCGCGCGCUUACAAUUCAACGGUUCCGGCAGUUAUGGCAACGGAGGCGCUAUGAGGACGAAUCCGGUCGCACUCUUCGGCUACCAUUUGCCGAUCGAUGAGUUGAUUGAAUUGAGCGGCAAUUGCGCGAAGAUUACACACUCUAACCGUAACGGAUAUAACGGCGCUAUUCUUCAGUGUCUGGCCGUUCGCGAAGCGCUCAAUACAAUCCCCUCACAAACCGAUCACUCUUUUGACGUGAAUUCAUAUUUGAAUCGUUUGAUCGAAAAAAUGCAAACCAUUGAAACCAAGAGCUAUGAAAAGGUUAGCAUUGGUUCGAAAGCAACCUUUAAUGAUGUGUCCGAAACCCCGUUUACCGAUAAACUCAACAAAAUUAAGACAAUAUUUGAAAGCGAAUCCAAAGUGAGUGAAUUGUCUGGAGAAAUGGUGGCUCACAUUCUGGGCAACGAUGUCUCUGCACUCAAAUCUGUUCCGUCGGCCAUAUAUUCGGUGUUAAGAUCUCAGAAAGCGAUUGAAAACUUCGACACAACGAACCCUUUUGUGAGAACAUUAUAUUUCUCGUUAUCUUUGGGCGGAGACACCGAUACUAUCGGCUCAAUGGCCUGUAGUAUUGCCGGCGCUCUCUAUGGAUAUGAAGUGAUUCCAAAUAUUUUGCAGAAACAUUGCGAAGACAUUCAUCUGAUUGUCAAAUAUGCCGACGAUUUGUAUAAUAAUGUGUCAAAAAAUUAA